CCCAAGUCUUCAUAGGACAGAAAGCAUAGUGUGUCCUAAAACCCAUUUCUCGCAGUUGUGCGGAUAACACGGCCUUUAGAUAUUGGCUGUCGGCAUAAGUAGUAGUCCAUCGCCAUCCUUAAGUGUUACUUGUCCUUUGUUCUGGGUGCCGGCAUAAUCCCAGCAGCCUUUAGUAGUCAUUGAUUGCAUUUUCAUCCGAAAACAAGCCAGCCGUCAGCGCGUGGCGGCACAUAGCCACGAUGGGGCGCCUUUCAGCAGCCCUGGCCGUGGCGGUGGCGCUCUUAACGCUAGUGCCGGGCGGCCGUUCUCAGUUUGCGACACCUUUCGAGUACAUCUCUUCGCAGCCAGAUUUGUCAAUUACCAAGGCCUGCAUUGAAAACAUCAUUUUGAGGAACCAGGCUCCGUGGACAUCCCAAAAGGACCAGGACUUCACCAUUUAUGUGCCCACCGACGAUGGUUGGAGGGUCAUCUUCGACUCCUUCGGACUCGGCGACCCAGAGCGGUUUUGCAAGGAAACACGGAAAGUCAAGCUGAACCAGACUCGUAACUCUGUGAUGAGGUUCCACCUACUUCCUGGGGCUCGCACCCGCGAACAGCUUCCGGGUAACUGCCAAGGCGGCCAGGGUUGCAAGUACGCAACUCUGGGUGGUGGCAACAACCUGGUCGACGAGCUCACGAUCGUCAUCGACGCCAGUGUUGGCACAUACGUCUUUGGUGCCAACCCUGAUGACUACGGUGACUACCAGUAUACCACACUAGCUAACGGCACUCGUGUACCUCGGUUUAACAUCCGCAUCAACGGCCGGAUUCUUCACGUCCUGGACGCCGUCAUGAUUCAGGCGCGCUUCAUCCCAGCUCCGUCGCCGUCUCCACCACCGCCCAAGCAAUCCCCUCCGCCUCGCCCGCCGCCACCAACCACCCAGCCCCCGCCGCCGCCACCGCCCAGGCAGUCCCCGCCGCCACCGGUGCUGUCGCCACCGCCAGUGUCCAACUCCCCGCCGCCUCCAGCUCCUCCCCCACCCUCUCCGCCGCCUCCAGGUCCCCCACCACCAAGCCCUCCUCCACCGUCCCCGCCACCUCCAGCUCCUCCCCCGCCCUCUCCGCCGCCGCCUGCUCCCCCGCCGCCAUCGCCUCCACCGCCCCCGGGUGCCUCUCCGCCGCCUUCCCCCGCUCCUAGCCCCCGGCCACCUAGCCCCGCGCCGCCGCCUUCCCCGUACAUUGGCUUCUACUCGAUCUACUCCUUUCUGUCGCAGCGCGUGGUUGACAUGACCCGCCUGAAGACGGCGGUCGAUGCCGCCGGCCUGGCUUCGUACUUUGAUGACCCCAGCCUCCAGCUGACUUGCUUCUUGCCCAACGAUACUGCCGCCACCUGGGACGCUCCUGUUUUCUGGACGAGCACGAUGACUAAUGUCAGGGUGAAGGAUCAGACCGUGUUCGUCGCCGCCUGCCGUGCCAACAUGUCCUCCUCCGCCUACUGCACCAGCGCCCUCGUCACGGAGUACAGCGCCCUCGUGCGCGACUUGCUUCUGCGGCACUGCAUAAGCCCACGCGUCCUGACCACCAACUGGACCAACGCCGUGUACACCACUGUGCAGAGCUUUGUCUCCCUGUCCACAGCCGUGAGCGCCCCCACGUAUUCGGUUUCGCUGGUUGGCGGUCCAGUCCGCACCCUGCUCCCCGACACGCCUUCAGCACGCAAUCGCGACAACAUCGUGGCCCAGUCCGUCAUCCAGAUAAUCAGCGACUUCAUUGUCGGCGGCCCAUUUGCACCGCCGCCGCCGCCGCCGCCCAGCCCACCGCCGCCGUCGCCCAGCCCGCCGCCGCCCGCCUACACCUCCAUUACCGCCGCCAUCAACGGCGUCGACCAGCUUUCCAUCACCCGUCAGCUCAUCAGCCUCCUGAACUUGUCGCCCCUGAUUGAUGCCCUCAACGGCACAACCUGCUUCUUCCCCAGCAAUGCCGCGUGGUACCGGUUCAGCGUGAACGACAAUAACCUGCUAGUCAACGUUGUGGCUAGCCCGUCCCCGCCCAGCCCAUCUCCCCCUAGCCCACCCCCCCCAAGCCCACCCCCUCUUCCCCCGUUCCCUGCCUCGACCACCGGCCGCCGCCGGCUCUCGUCUGUCGAAGAAGACAGCAAGACGGUGAAGUUCAACAUUGCCCCGGGCGUGGUGGCCCACGGCGUUAUCACCGACCGCCGCAUGCUGGCUCAGGUUGACAACGUGUUCAACGCCGCGGACUUCUACGACCGCACGAUUUGGACUGUUUCUCUGGAGAGCGGCAUCACCCCUUACCUCACGCAGAUGCUCCGAAACAGCAUCUUGAGCUCUUGCGUGAACCCAGCCAACGCGACCCGCAGCUUCAACGCCGGUCAGAACACGGUAUUCAAGCUGCAGGACGCCAACACGGAGCUCCCCUUGGAGACUGCCUUGGGCUGGGGCGAGGACGUCGCCGCAUACGUCAAGCGCAUCGCGUUUUCGGGAACUUGCAGCGACAGCGUCACAAUCAACGGCGUGGCAAACGUCCCCCUUGAGACUCUGGGCUACUGCUCCCAAUGCCCUAAGUACGAGACCUCGGACGACACCUACCCGAACUGCAACUUCAAUGUGUACUAUCUGAGCUACGGUGGCGCCUCCGCUUUCGACACCAUAUCAACCGACAACACUGUGCGCAUCCCGUUCGUCUACUGGGUCCCCCGCGACAUCGUGAUCGGCUCCCCCGCACAGCCGCGUGGCUAUGUCCAGAUUGUGAACCGCGUCUACCAGCCGCCCAAUGUACCGCCGCCGCCGCCGUCGCCGGCGCCGCCACGCCCGCCGCCGGCACCUAGCCCGCCGCCGCCUGUUCCGGGCGGCCUCCCAGGCCUCCUCAACAACAGCUUCUCUCUUGCUCACCAGUUGUUCACUGCCUUCAACUACUACCCCACCGUGGCGCAGUUCGAUACCUCUGGCUGGACCCUUUUCGUGCCAACUGAUGCCGCCCUUACCGCGGCAAUGACUGCCAGGGGUCUGACUAUCAGCACCGUCAUCAGUUCGGGUAUCGGUCUGUCCAUCGUCAGGAACAUGUUCGUUCCCAACACCAUCCUCUUCACGAGCAACAUCACUAACUCCACUUUCGUGACCACCAACGUGGGUAUUUUCGGCAGCGGCACGAGCAGCAACGCCGUCACCUUCCUUGUGCUGGGAAGCAGCAUCACGCUCAACCAGACAUUCCCAGGCAGCGCCUCACCCCAAACCGCCACGAUUGGAAUCCUCCGGGAUCUCCAGGUUCUUCGAGGUGCCGGCGCCUUGGCGGGUGUGGUGCAGCAGCUAGACUCGGUGCUGUGGCCCGACCUGGCUCUACCCUCCCCGCCUCCACCACCACCAACGCCGCCAACGCCGCCGUCGCCGCCACCGCCGCCGCCGCCGCCGACGUUCCAGGACGGCAUCGCAACCUACCUGGCCACCUUCCCCGAGCUGUCCAUCUUCCGGCAGAUCCUGACUUGCACCAACUUCACUACACUCUUCAACGACGCCUUGAGGCAAAACCCCACGACGAUCUUCCCGCCAAUCGACAGCGCAUUCAACAGCUAUUUCGCUACCAGCGGCCGUACGCUGUCGUACUUCUGCAACCCCGAUAACCUCGGCGACGCCAUUAACCUCAUCAAGGCGCACGUCAUCUCUGGCGCCUACUCCUCGGCCACUUUCGCAGCCAACACCGGCGCCAGCACCCCGGUAACGUCUUACCCGUACUUCUACGUGGCCGAGAUGAACAGCCAGACUCUGACGGUUUCCGGCAACGGCACCGUCACCAACGUCACCGCGCGGUACCCACCCGCCGCCGGCACCUUCGUCCCGAACCGCUAUGAUAUCAUCCUCUUCAACACCACCCCGCCCCCCACGCCCACUUCUGUCGGCUACGUCUAUGCGCACAUGAUUAACGCCGUUCUGCCGCCAGCCAACUUCGCUCCCCCGUCGCCGCCGCCGCCGCCGCCACCCAAUGUGUACAACGCCAUCAGCAUCUGGGACGGCAUCACCAAGGAGCCCCUUCUGGCCACUUACGCGGGCCUUGCGUCCGUCCUGAAGAUUCCGGGCACCAACACCACUUUCCGGGCCUACUUCGAGAACACCUCGACCAUCGCCACCGUUCUUGCGCCGACUACAGAUGCGCUGUUCGCUAUGUUCCCGCGAGUUACCAUUACUUUGGCCUCGGGAUCCUCACGCGCUCUUACGAACUCGGACUGCCUCGGCAACUAUUCGGCUGCCGUGGACUUCUGUAGCAGAAUCCUCGCAUUCACCGUCAUUCCUGACGUGGAAUUUUUCCCGUCGUACAACGCAGCGGAAUAUUUCUUAUCUUUUCCGUUCGGUGAUGCGAGCAGGUAUAUUUUUAUGCCGGUAACGCUGGUGGGUCCAUCGGUCUCCGCUAACUUCGGCUACACGAUGAGUCUGGCCUCCAAUCCGCCGGACACGACCACACUCGCAUUCGCCACGGUUCCCUGCAGCGGCAAGGCCGUCAAUCUUAAGGGCCCCGUUCCCGUCGGCGUGCCGAACGCCACCACGCAAAAGCAGAGCGCGCUAUACGUCGUGAACGACGUGCUGUUCCCGCCUGGUGGGAUGCCGAACAUCGGUACCACGCCCUCAUCGGCGUGUCCAUAAAAGGACAACGAAUCGCGAGGCGCCUUUAUCGAUUCGAGGAUGAUUUCAAGGUGUACCUCUUAUCUCCCCGGUGUGGAGAGAAAUGUAAAGAUUGUAGCCAUCAGUACUAAUAUGUAGGCUAAGCGCCGGGGCGGCCGGGGCGGCUAGGGGGCACGGCGGUGAGGUGGCGCAGGGGACGGGAGCGAAGCAAAGGGUUGGGAAUGUGUGAAUGGGUUUAUUGAACUCUUUUCCAAGGCUCAUCUAGAGAGGUAUCGGAGCUGUGGAUAGCUGUUUUUGUGGAGGAGGGACGGAGAAGGGGGACAGGAGGUUUGCGCUGCUGCUCCGUGCGGGUCAGUAGAAUGCAGCGGGGCGGGGGAGAGGCGCUGAGUCGGCUGAACAGUUGGCGGAUGAUAUGAUUCGCUGGGAUGUCGGCAGAGUCCGAAGGGGGUUGGGGCAGGUGGAAGGAACGAUGACGGGGCGUGCGCGCGCGCGUGAAUGUGAUUUUUGGUGAGGUGAGGUAAACGUGUGAAUGUGCGCGUGCUGAGAUUGAGCGCGGAUAUGCCAGGAGGGCGGCGCACGCAGCAGCAUUCAGAAUAGACAAAUUUAUUUCUUUGUGGCCUUUAAACCUCACGCGCGCGUGAUUCCAAUCCGAUUUUUUCCGAUUUGUGGAAGAUGCUUGAUCUGUCUCUUCUUAUCCUAGCAUAUGACUGCUGGAUUCUGGACUAAUCCGUCCAAGUUAGGGCUGGUGCUGCCGGCUUGUAACAAACCUGUUGUAGCAAUAUCGCGGUUUGCUG